GCAGGCCCCGCCCCCACUGCGUGCGCACGUCCGCCGCCCUCGCGCCCGCCCGCUCGGCUGCGGCGGCCGCGGCUCCUGAGGGAGAAGGUGACGGACGCGGGGACGCGGGGAGUGAAGGACGGCAGAGCGGACUCGCGGUCGGACCAGAGAAGUGAGAGCAGCAAGAACUACACUCAGCAACCAUGUCAGUGGAACUGGAGACCUCAGAGGGGGUGGAUGAGUCAGAGAAAAAGAGCUCUGGGACCCCAGAAAAAGAAAACCACACCAGGAUGGCUGACCUCUCCGAGCUCCUGAAGGAAGGGACCAAGGAAGCACACGACCAGGCAGAAAACACCAAGUUUGUCAAGGACUUCUUGAAAGGCAACAUUAAGAAGGAGCUGUUUAAGCUGGCCACUACUGCACUUUACUUCACAUACUCAGCCCUCGAGGAGGAAAUGGACCGCAACAAGGACCACCCAGCCUUUGCCCCCUUGUACUUCCCCUUGGAGCUUCACCGGAAGGAGGCCCUGACCAAGGACAUGGAGUAUUUCUUUGGUGAGGACUGGGAGGAGCAGGUGCAGUGCUCUGAGGCUGCCCGAAAGUAUGUGGAGCGGAUCCACUACGUGGGGCAGAAUGAGCCGGAGCUGCUGGUUGCCCACGCCUACACCCGCUACAUGGGGGACCUCUCGGGGGGCCAAGUGCUAAAGAAGGUGGCCCAGCGGGCACUGAAACUCCCUAGCACGGGGGAAGGGACCCAGUUCUACCUGUUUGAGAAUGUGGACAACGCGCAGCAGUUCAAGCAGUUGUAUCGGGCCAGGAUGAACGCAUUGGACCUGAACUUGAAGACCAAAGAAAAGAUCGUGGAGGAAGCCAACAAGGCCUUCGAGUACAACAUGCAGAUAUUCAAUGAACUGGACCACGCUGGCUCCUUGCUAGCCAACGAGACCCUGGAGGAUGGGCUCCCUUUGCAUGAUGGGAAAGGAGAUAUGGGUAAAUGCCCCUACUAUGCUGCUAAACAAGACAAAGGUGUCCUGGAGGGCAGCAGCUGUCCCUUCCAAACAGCCGUGGCUGUGCUGAGCAAGCCCAGCCUCCAGUUCAUUCUGGCCGUCGGUGUGGCCCUGGCUGCUGGCCUCUUGGCCUGGUACUACAUGUGAAGGACCCAUCACACCAUGCUCGCACCGUCCUCCUGAGUGACCACUGGCCCACCCCCACCCCCAACCGGGACUAAACUACCACCUCAGGUGACUUUUUCUUAAUGCUGGGUUUGAGAAAACAAGCAACCAAUAAAAGCCAGAUGCUGAAGCCUCUAUCUGUCAGCAUCCUCUUGGCAGGUCAAAUGCUGAGCUGGGUUCAAGCCCAUCCUCCCUGCAGCCCCCAGGCUAUAGCACCAGGAGCAGCCAGUGCAGCUCACCGGGCUGACCUGGGCCUCUGGAACCAGCUCUGCUCCCUGGGCACCCACACCUCUGACCCGAGGCUCGUUCCCGUUGUUCUUCCUUGUGUCGGCAUUUAAAUGGAGAUUUUCCCCGUCCUGGGAGCAGAGCACUCAGCAACCCUAGGCUGCCAUAGCUAUGUGGGAGGGAGGGGGGCCUCUCCAGAUGCUGCUGUUCUACUGUGGGGCCUCUCCCCAGGGUCAGGGGGAGCUAAGAGGGGCAGAGGCCAAGCUUGCACCCUGCCUCAGCGGCCCUGGGAGCCAUGUCCUGGGUAGCCGUCCUCGUCCCUCUCAAGCAGAAACCCCUGAGAGGGCUCUGUUCAGCUGUGACCUCUCUUCUCUGCCCUGUGUAAAUGCUACAGCACUCAAUAAAGCGGACUCUAACAGCU